AUCAUUCAUUAGGCAACAUAAAUAUUUUAUACAUCAACAAAACUGAUUUGUUCCCCUGAUUUUUCAGUCUCGAUGUGAAGUCAUAAUGUAUACGACAGCCCUUCUUACUUUCAUGGCUAUUGGAGGAUUCCCCUCUUUUGUAGAGGACGUAAAGGUAUUCAGAAGGGAAAGGCUGAGCGGCCAUUACGGCGUGGCAGAGUUUGUGAUCUCAAACACGCUGUCGGCCACUCCAUACCUGGCCGUCAUCGCCGUGAUCCCCGGCGCGAUGCUGUACUACCUUACUGGGCUAACAAAAGGGCCUGACCGCUUCGCCUACUUCGUUGUCAACCUGUGCAUGUGCACAAUGCUGGUGGAGAGCAUGAUGAUGAUCAUCGCCGUCAUCGUCCCAGACUUCCUGAUGGGGAUCAUUGUUGGGGCCGGGGUGCAAGGGGUGAUGAUGCUCAAUGGCGGUUUCUUCCGCCUCCCUAACGAACUCCCAAAGCCAGUGUGGAAGUACCCUUGCUACUACAUCUCCUUCCACAAGUACGCGGUGCAGGGGUUCUACAAGAACGAGUUCAUAGGGCAGACGUUCCCAAGCGACCAGCUGGUCGAGAAGAAUGUCACCAUCAGUGGCCUUCGGGUGCUGCAAGAGAAGCUGCAGGUGGAGAUGGGGUACUCCAAGUGGGUCAACAUUGCCAUCCUUUGUGGGAUGGUGGUAGUGUACAGGGUCCUGUUCUUCGCAAUUGUCAAGAUUGCGGAGGAAGUCAGGCCAAAACUAAGGGGGAUGAGAUGCAAAUUGUGUAAAUAGAUGAUGGUGAAGAUCUCAUUUUUCUUCUUUUAUUAAACUGUCAUUGUGUAUAAGAACACAGUAUCUAUGGCUUGGUUUAUGGGUUUACAUAGACAUACGAGACGCUAUGGCCCUGUUUGUUUGGAGUGGAGCUCCUGGCAAACAGCUGGAAGUGAGGAAGAUAAGUUGGAAUUCAACAUGCAUGUAUGCAAGUGGAUAACGAAUACAGUUCAUAGUACCA